AUGGAACAUGUACGUUUGCCAUUACUAAAGCCUGAUAUAUUAUUUAAUAUAUCUAAAGAACCUCUUCUAAAAAAUAGUCAUAAAUGUAAAGAUUAUAUAAUCGAAGCAUUACAUUAUUAUCAUCAAAAAUCAGUUCAGCAUUUCACCAUUCCAAAAACAAUUAGGUUUAAACCUAGACAGUUUGAUGGUUUUCAAAAAGUUCUUCUGAUGUUCAGUAAGUCUAAUACAUCGCCAAAGUGUUAUACUGAAUGGUAUGACCCAGCAACCAAGCUAAGAAAAAAUGCACCAGGAAUAAAUGAAUGUCGGAAUUAUGCUGGUUUUGGUGUGAUAAAUGAUCAAUUUGUGUUUGCUGUGGGAGGUGUAAAUGGAUCGAGUUCUAAAUCUGUUAGUAUGCUUGACGUAUCUUCACAAUCACCUUCAUGGGUUCCAAUGGCUGACAUGUUAGUUAGUAGAAAAGAAUUAGGAGUUGGUGUAUUGGAUGAUUGUAUAUAUGCAGUUGGUGGAUGUGACGGCAACAGUGUCUUAAAAAGUGUAGAGGUAUUUGAUAUCAAUUUUCAAAAAUGGAGAACAGUAACUAGUAUGUCUACUAAAAGAAGUGGAUUCGGUGUUGGUGUACUCAAUAAUCGUCUAUACGCUGUUGGUGGUGUUGCAAAUGGUCAACCUCUUAGAUCUGUGGAAUAUUAUGAUCCCACACUUGACAUAUGGACUCCGGUUGCAGAAAUGUCUGAGCGUCGUCAAGGUGUUGGUGUAGGGGUUUUGGAUGGUCUUAUGUACGCAAUUGGUGGCGAUAAUGCAAUGGUGGAUAUUAAAAGUUUUGAAAGGAAGUAUCUUAAAAGUGUUGAGGUUUACAGACCAAGUGAUGGAGUUUGGUCUUCUAUAGCUGAUAUGAAUUUACGCCGAUGUUUACCUGGAGUAGCCGUAUUAGAUGGUUUAUUGUAUGUUUUUGGCGGAGAAAAACCUAGUGUUGAUACUUUUGAAAUUUACAACCCUAACACCAAUACUUGGACCUUGGAAAAAUUGUCAAGAAAUGGAGUACAAAUUUAUGGUGGAGUAGUUGUCGAUAGACCACAUCAUUAUCAUUAA